GACAAAGAGGGAAGCCGAUGUGAUCAACGAGAGGCUGCAGGCGCAAGGGUUCACGUGUUCGGUCCUCCACGGCUCCCUGGAUGGGGUAGACAGAGACGCCACCAUGGAACAGUUUCGCCUGGGCCACAACAAGGUGCUGCUGACAACGAAUGUCCUGUCGAGAGGAGUGGACGUGCCUGCAGUGUCGCUGGUGGUGAACUACGACAUGCCGACGAUGGGCUACUCGCAGGAUCCCGACCCGGACACGUACCUCCACAGGAUCGGCCGCACCGGGCGCUUCGGCCGCAGGGGCGUGGCUAUCAACCUCAUUCAGGAUGACAGCACGUUCAGGGUGAUGGAGUCGAUCGACAGGCAUUUUUCGCCGACGGGCUCGAUGCUUCGGCAAGCUAGCACGGACGUGGAGGAGCUGGAGAAGAUCAUCGUCGAGGAGUCUAAGAAGCGCGUAGAGAACAGAGAUCUGUCGUCUGAGCCAAUGUCACAGACUUAGGGUCGGGGUGGAGGUGCAGUAGUUGUUUUUGGAGGGGAGGAGGCGAAUCUGAACGAAAAGCAUGCAAGACGAAGUCCUGAAAACGGAGGUCAGUUGUUCAUGGUGGUAUAGCAGUAGUUGGGGAUGGGUUGUUGUUGUCGGCAUCUUUUGCAGGGAGAGUCGAAUGAGGUAUAUCUGAAUCCAAACAAAACAUGAACUCGCGAUUCGACGGGGCCCCCUCCGGAUGGGGUGGGGGGGUGUACUCACAGUCGUGCAAGCCGUAGUCGUUAGACCAUUGACCUCACAUCCCUACAAAGCCGGGACGGAGCACGCCGGGUUCUCACCGGACCAGGCUAGCACAUCACCAAGCGCGAAGCGCCGUGAGGAAUUCCGCGAGUCGCAUGAAGGGCUCGCUGCGCCCUGUUAAGGGUGUUCGGCAUCUUGUGCUUACUUCCUUGCGUACGCGGGGGGUUGUUGUUGCGGGAGGGGGCGGGGGACAAGAAUAUGAAGAGGAGAAUCCCAUGCAGCGGACAAGACAUGGUGAUGUGCGUAGCAGUCGAUCAUGCCCGACUCUCAAGGGUGUUUGCGAUGGGGAAGAGGGGGGUUCGUGAUAAGCCGUACUCAGAGAACGGAGCCCUGCCAUUCGGCAGAGAGGGACGCGGGAGAGGAGAGAGGUGACUGAUGCUGAAGGCCUCCCACCUCGACCGGCGAACCCACAAUGAGGCAGACGCCGUAAAUGUCGCUUUUCCUAGCGACCGCGCGAUGGCCAAGGACAGUGACAUCAUGGUCAUUGCUUGGGCGUACUGGUACUGCUGUAGGGGGACUUAGGCUGAUUCCCCCCCUCUCGUGGCACCCGAACCAAGCCUGCCCGGAAGUUACAGUUGCAGAUGAGAAGAAGUCACACGCCCUGGACUGAUUUUCAGAGCUCGAUUUCUCCGUAGCAGAGAGAGUGGCGAUGCCGAAAAUGGCGACGUUGGAGCCAUCUCCUCGAGGGCUUUCCGAAAACGUGCCGUUUCAUUUAUGCAUCCUCGUUGUGGAGGUAAUCGAGCUUUGAAAAUCGGUCCAGGGGACGUGGUACCUUCUGUAAUCGUCGGUCGUUGUAGACGAAAAGCAAUUUGACCCCCGCGCCGCUACAACUGUUGUGAUGUGAGCAGCUGCUGCGAUCUACGAUAUACCAAUGUAGGAGUAUGUGUGUAGCCUGUUGUGUCUCGUGGUUAAAUUAUUUGCGAUUUUCACGGGUUGACCUUUGUGCGGCGUUGUCAAAGAAGUGCGGGGAGAUUUUCAGGGGGUCUUUUUAAGUGAACAAGAAUGGAACGAUGUGCUAUAGGU